AUGAUAGAGAAAGUUGUUUUUAAGGAAGAAAAUAAAUAUGGACGCCAAUGAUUUGGGAAUAUGAAGGAAAGAUUGGGGUAUAAGGGAUGGGCAAGGUAUAGAGGGGAUCAUAUACUGGAGUUUAUACCGAAGAAAUUGUGAUACCAGCAAUAUAAGUUUGAGUAUGUUAAGUUAAGACAGGAUAUUAGAGGAUUGGGCAAUAUUCAGACCGCUCUUACGAAUGAUAAGAUGAAUUUUAGGUUUUUGAAGAGGUUAUUUGAGGAGUCUAUGUUUCCAAAAAAGAUUAAUAAGUGGGAAAUACAUAGUUCACCUUUAAUCAAUAAAUUCAUUCUUAGAGCAGGAAUUAAAAAUAUAUGUCAAAAUGCAAGCAAUGUUACUCAAAGACUUGCUUUGUUACAUUUUAGACUUGGCCCAACUCAUGUUGAUAAAAUCAUUAUGUCAGGAAGGCAUCUCAAAUUUAUCUUCUUUUAUUUCUGUGAAAUUGCGAAUCAAAAGGGACGCAGAACUUUCAAAACUUACAACAUGUCAUCGUCAGGGUUAGAAAUACAAAUAAGUAACUGUCACCCUUCCCAGUCAUCAGAAGAGAAGCCAGCUCUCAGAGUAAUCAAGAACAUCAUGAAUGGCAUCAUGAAUUCAAGACUUCAUCCAUUGGAAUCUCAAAUCCCCACUUGUAAUAUAGUGAAGUUUAUCAAAUUCUUUAACAUGACGCCUUGCACUGCAGAAGAGAUUGAUCGGGAGGUUAAUUACCCUGAACUUAGGGAUAAAGUUGUAGUCACUAAAUAUGAGGUUCUGUUCAACCUUCAGUAGCAAACAUUGAGAAUAUAUGCCAUAUUAGU